UCGUCGUAUCUGUCGUUGAACUUUCAGAAGAAGUGAUAUUAGAAUUUUCAUCUUGCGUGACAAAUCAGGAAUUUUAUAUUGUCAUACUUGGACUUGAUAAUGCCGGUAAAACGACACUUUUAGAGCGUAUCAAGUCCAUAUUUCUUGGAGUUAUGGGUCUUUCGCCCGAUAGGAUUGCACCAACAGUAGGUUUAAACAUCGGAAAAAUCGAUGUAAACAGAUCACGAUUAAAUUUUUGGGAUUUAGGAGGACAACGUGAACUACAGGGUAUUUGGGAAAAAUACUAUUCUGAAUGUCAUGCCAUUAUAUUUGUUGUUGAUUCAACUGAUAAAGAACGAAUCGAAGAAUGUAAAGAAAUUUUCGAAAAAAUAAUUACAAAUGAAGAAGUUGAAGGAGUCCCAGUAUUGAUGUUAGCAAAUAAGCAAGAUUUACCAAAUUCCUUAAAAGUUGAAGAAAUUAAAGAAAUUUUCAAUAAAAUUGCACUAAAGUUAGGAGCAAGAGAUUCUAGAGUAUUACCAAUAUCGGCUUUAGAAGG